UCCCUUGCCGACGCUGAGAGAAAUUGUUUGGGUUUACGGUGACUAAUUCCCUUUUCUCGCCUUAAACUGUGACACCGGCCCAUGAAUAACCACCCAUCAUAUUCUUAGGUUGUGGACUGUGGUGGCAGGAUGGGUGAGGAUCUGCUAUCUCUCAAGUGGAAUAAUCACAAGCCGGCAUUCUUUCAUCUUCUUCGAGUGUUGAGGGAGAAGGGUUGUUAUACAGAUGUAACUCUGGCGUGUGGGUCCAAGUUCUUCGCCGUUCACCGUCUGGUGUUGAUGGCGUGUAGUGACUUCUUCAGUGAGGUGUUUGACCACACACAGUGCCAGAAGCCGGUCAUUGUGUUGAAGGACAUCAAGAGUCAUGAGCUGGAGGCCCUGUUGGACUACAUGUACCUGGGGGAGGUGGACGUGCAGCAGGCCGACUUGCCCGGCCUCAUAAAGGCCGCCGAGUGUCUCAGGAUCAAGGGUCUCGCCGUCCCGGACGAGGACCCCGCGCAACUCGCGAGGGUCGAGCCGCCGACCGGGGGAGAGCGGCCGGCCAAGCGCCGCAGACAGGAGAGGGAGACGAGAGAGAGCGACAGAGGAGGGACGAGGUCUCACUCGGCGCAGGACAGGACGCCUCACGGUGCGCCGGCCGACGACGCGGCGCAGUACGCCCUCCACGGGCCGGAGGUCGUGCAGGGGGACGGGGAGGACGAGGCCGGCUGCGGCAAGUGCGCAGUGCCCCAGGCCGACGACGAGUCCCCUCACCCGGCCGUCCACGAGGCCGUCCAGCGCGCGGACGGCCUCCACCUCCAGCAGGAGACGGAGCCGUCCGGGAGGCUGCACGAGGCUCGCCUGCACCACGACCCCCGCACCCAACAGGAGGCCAGGCUACAGCACGAGCCACAGGACCAACAAGUGUAUACACAAACUGCCCCAGAAAUCAAAACAGAACAUUGCGAAAUAAAUGAAGAUAUAGAUAACGGAGGAUUAAAAAGUGAAAUAACGGAGAUACGCGGAGACCCGAUGAACGAGGCCUCUGCGGGGGGAGAGUUCUCCCACUUCUUGUCCGUAGAAGAAAACCUCGCACACCACAUGUUCCAACAGGCACACCAAGCGGGGCCUUCAGGACUACACAGAGCUGUGGGUCGUGAGGGCACUACAGACAUGGGUGGUGAUGAUGGUAAUCGUGGUGGUGGUGUUGGAGGCAGCAUGUACCCCACUCACCUCUUGGGGGACGUGGCCCCCGAGGGAGCGUCGACUCUCGCCAACCAAUCGGGUGUGGCGUUGACCGAGGGACCGGUCAUACGGGACGAACAGGGGCGCCUGUGCUACCGCUGCGUCUACUGUCCUCGCAUAGACUCCGACAAGAGCAAGUGGCGGCGUCAUCUACGAACACACACGGGGGAAAAACCUUACCAGUGUACUAAGUGUCCUUACCGAGCCACCACCAAACACGCCGUCGUCCGCCACGACAAGUUCAGACAUUCUGUGGAGGGCGUCGCACUCUAGUGCACUCAAUACUGGGUGAAUACAUCCUAGCUUAUGAGGGCGUCGCACCCUUCCCUACCACGCACUCUAUACUGGGUGAAUACAAGGAUUAUCCUAACUUAAGAGGGCGUCGCACUCUAUGCCCACGCACCCCUCCUUACCACGCACUUCACACCACAAUACAAAUGGUUAUGCCAACUUAACAUUUAUUAUGUGACAAAAGCUAACAUGCAGGACAAGAUCUGCAAGUAAAUAUUUAUUAACGGCAAAUUUUGUCCCUGAUAUCGAUUGUUUAGUUUUAUGGAUGUAAGGUCAAGCGAGGUCGUUGUAUAGUUGCCUCGUUAACUACAUCUGAUGCCCUUGGGCCGAUGUCAGAAAUACAGUUUUAUUUAUUCACUAAUGUAGCAACUUUGUACAAUGUGCAGGUUAGGUUAGAGUUAGAUUACUGUUAGGUUAGAUGAGGUUUGGAUAGGAUAGGUCAGGAUAGGUCAGGUUAGGAUAGGUCAGGAUAGGUCAGGUCAGGUUAGGUUAGGUAAGCUUUUAUGUACAAUAAACCAGCCAAUUGCUUCUCUGUUGAUUUUUUUGGGAUAAAUGUUAACAAUUGGGAUGAUCAUUGGUUAAUAUCGUGGUGUGUUAUUAUUUAUUGUAUUGAUAAGUGAGAUUGUCUGCAGUGUCAGAUGAAUAAAACUGUUAGGUGGAUGAAUUCAUGGUGAAAAGCUUUGUCAGAUGGAUAAAGUUGUAUGCUGAAUAACCUUUUGGGGUGAAGAGAACUUAUGAUGGAUAAAUUUGUGCAGUGAAUAACUUAAGAGGUGGAUAGAGCCGUACGAUGGAUAGAUUGGCACGGUGAAUAACUUAGGAGGUGGAUAGAUUGGCACGGUGAAUAACUUAGGAGGUGGAUAGAUUGGCACGGUGAAUAACUUAGGAGGUGGAUAGAUUGGCACGGUGAAUAACUUAGGAGGUGGAUAGAUUGGCACGGUGAAUAACUUAGGAGGUGGAUAGAUUGGCACGGUGAAUAACUUAGGAGGUGGAUAGAUUGGCACGGUGAAUAACUUAGUGAGAGACCUGGUUGAAUGAGGCGCUCUGGUGGAAAAUGAUAUCAGUGAUUUGUGUUGUUGUGUUAAGCAUUAUCAAAAAUUUAAUGUCUUUAUUUUUUUUCUGUUUUCUCUCCUCCUAUUCCUCCCUCCCU